UAGAAAACCCCGAUUUUUAUUCAUGUUGGAUUGGUUAGAUGUGUAAAAUUUAGGUUUUCUGGUGUUAUUUUCAUUUGGGGUUAUUCAAAUUUGUUAGAUUUGAAAUGGGUUUGUGUUGUCUUAUAAAGUUUUGAUCUCUGAGGAGAACCCACUUUUGUUGGAGCUUUGGUGGAUUUUGUGGUUGUGGAAAAGCUCUAUCUGGUAUUGCGUUGUUGAGUAACUUGUGUUUUUAAAGAGAGGAAGUGAACAAGGGCUUUAUCUAGAUGGGGAGGCCAUUGUUUUAUGAGAUUGUGGAAAAACCAGCUACAAGUUGUGUGAUUGGAAUAUGUAGCGCUAUAUGGUUUUAUAUUCAGAAGAAAAAUAUCGGGUACUCUCAUGUGGGACUAAGUUAUGAAAAUGCAGUUGAAGGGCACCAUUGGAGGAUAAUUACCUCUGCUUUUUCACAUAUUAGUGUUAUUCAUCUUGUUUUCAAUAUGAGCGCACUUUGGAGUCUAGGGGUUGUAGAACAGUUGGGGCACAUUGGCCUUGGAAUGGCGUACUAUCUUCACUACACGCUUGUGUUGGUCGUAUUGUCUGGGGCACUAGUACUGGGGAUGUACCAUAUAUUGAUACAAAGAUUCAAGCUAGAGUAUUUUCGGAGAGUGACAGCUGUUGGGUACUCUUGUGUUGUAUUUGGUUGGAUGACAAUUCUUUCUGUGAAGCAACCAUCCUCGAAGUUGGAUCUUUUUGGAUUCCUUUCACUUCCUAUCAGUUUUGCGCCUUUUGAGUCAUUGAUUUUUACAUCAAUUAUUGUUCCACAAGCGAGUUUUCUUGGCCAUUUAUCGGGAAUUGUUGUUGGAUAUGCUAUAGCAUGGGGUUUGAUACAUGGGAUGAACAAUUUCUGGGCAAUAUCGAUGCUUGGAUGGAUUGUGCUUUUUUCUGUGGUCAGUUUGAAGCGGUCAGGUGCUUAUGAUUUUGAUUUUAUUGAGAUUGAAUCUGUCAUGGAUACUUCCUUGCCUUCUGUGCGGUUUCCUGGAACUGGUAGAGCAUUGCAGAUGAGUGCACUACCAGUUGAAGGUGUUGAAAUCGUUUAACUUCUGUUAAAGAUGUUAUCCCCAUUUGUUAACUAGGGGCUUUACUUUCUGAAGAGUCAAAUCUCGAUACUAUUUAAGUAUGCUCUGUCAAGCUGGACUUUUACACUGGGAUUUGUCGCAUCUUCCCGGCCAUCAAAGCUCAAGCUGGCACUCAUUUCUGCUGUAGACUUACAGAUUUACAGGUGCAGCUUUCGCAUUCAGUCAUUUAUUAGAAUGGUAAAUGCUUGUUGUUGCAGACCAAUGUGGUUUGAGAUUAUCGGCCAUUGUUUUGCCCUCUAGUUCCUUGUUUGUUGUACUGCAGCUUUUCUUCCUUUUGAAAUUCUUUGGGUCUUCUGAUCUCGUGAUUUUCUUUUUUGUUAGGCACAAUAUUGUUCAAGAAAUGAUGAAACGUAACUUGUUCACAGAUCCGUUGUAAUGUAAUGAAGAUAUUACUGUUCUAUGAACUAUAAAGCUUAAAAACUGAACAUGCUUUUUUGUAUUCAAUUUUUUUUGCUUCAGUUGUUGCUCAACUCUCUACUUGUAUUUUGCACUCUUACCAUUGUUUGACUGUGAUGCACAAGUUUUAUUUUCUUUUCUUUUGGAUGAA